UUUGUGAUGUCUCUAUGAUAAAUGUCAGUUCCAGGCUACCAUGCUGUGUGUGCAAGGACAAAUGUCAUUUUAAUAUUUACCAAGUUGUGUUCGGAUCCUUACUAGGAUUAAUUGAGAUUGAAUAGGGCCAUGGCUACUUUAGCAACUCUUGGCCUUCCUAUGCUACGCUCCUCUUUACCACGGUGGAAAUUGUGUGCUUCUGCUCUUGCAGCAUACACAAGACAGCCAUCACGUUGUCACCGACUUUCACCGUCUGAUGAUGAACUUUACCAGAGGACCACAGUGACACGUCUAGAGAGAGACUCUCCCGAUAUAAUGAUUGUCGACAGUUUCAGCAGCCAGGGAUUCAUCAUCAAUGGUGACAGAGUAAUUGGACCCUGUGUGGUGAUUCCUAAAGCAAUACUUCAGUGGAAUGUUGGAUCCUAUAAAGAUAUCUCUCUGGAAAGCCUUGCUUUGUUCCAUUUAAUUGUUCCCAAGAUAGAAAUCCUAGUAAUAGGCACUGGAGACAGAGUAGAGAGACUGGAUCAAAACAUUCUCAAGACCAUGAGACAGAAAGGGGUAGCUGUAGAAGUGCAAGACACGGCCAACGCUUGUGCCACCUUUAACUUCCUAACCAAUGAACGGCGCAUGACAGCAGCUGCGUUAAUUCCUCCGAGCAACGCCAACUCUUUUUAAUAUUAUUGAAUCAAAUAAUCAAAUGGACUAUUACCGACAAAGUUACUCUACCCAAAGACAUUUUCAUCUGGUAUGUUUAGUACCCAGUCAGGUAUAAAACCAGUGCAAAAUAAUCAAAGUGGGUAGUAGUAAUCGUGUUUUAUUUAAAGCAGACAUCACAGGAAAGGUAGCCUUCCUCGCUGUGUAACGACAUUGAGAUACAAAGAAUCAAGCAUACUUUAAUGCUAUGAAAAGAGUCUCCUCUUAUACCUGGAGAACAAAAAAGAUCACAAUUUGAGUGCUUGGUUUGUGUGUAGUGUACAUAUAUAACUUUGCAUUAAAGAAUGUAACAUACCUAAA